AUUGAAUGUUGUAUUGAUGAGUGGUUACAAGGCCUGAAGGAAGACAUCAAAUUCACUUCGGCUGCUUAUGCAUCUGUUUACAAAGCUCAUUUUGACUCAUUGCAGCACUUCCAUGAGCAUAUGGAACCUUACAAACUCCUUGAAAGACUUUGUGACAGUUUGCAUGAC